CCACGGACCACAUCAAGGGUAUGUAACUGAGCCGUGUCACAUACAUCGUAUCGAUAACUGCAUCUCCUAUGUAAUCAUUUGUAAUUUGAACGAAACUCGACCGUUGAGUGACAACAAGCUUUUAAUUUAUAUUCACGACUCUGCCGCGGGUGUGUCGUGUUUAUUAUAGAAUAUAUAACCGCAUAUAUACUGCUAAUUUUACUAUGAAAAGCUUGAUCGCAUCCAUUAUUGCGCUGUCUGAGUGGUCAAACUGAAAUCGAUGUAAACGUGUUGAUUUCAUCGUAUUCUCUAAACGAAGAUGGGACCAAUGCGCAGUAUUAUUGGACCUGUGUGUAUUACGUGUGCGUUACUAGCGAGUUUAUUUCAUCAGUAUUCCUGCCAAAUCGCAUCUUUGACUCUAGAACCCGAUGGUGUGUAUAUUGUCCAGGCAGGAAGUGAAGUCACAUUGAAAUGUACGUCUGUCCGUCCUGAGAAGAAUGUCACCGACCCGCCGACUUAUCUGGCCAUUCCAUUCCAUGGCGACCAUGACCGGCCGUUGAUAUCGGCCGGUGGGCGAGUAGAAAUGACAGAAGACAUGGUGAAGUAUUCAACUAAACGUAUUUUAUCAGAUAUCGAUUCAUCCAACGAGGGGUGGUAUUCAUGCCAGGCUUCCAAACACAGUGUCGGUUUAGUUGCAGAAACGGAACCAACUUAUAUAUUAAUUUAUGAUGUUAACAUAACCCAAAUCACGGUGGAAAAUAUCACUCUUCUGAGCUGCGAACUGGAAGGUGUCGACGCUGAGGGCGAUACAACUAUCAGAUGGACGCGAAACGGGACGAAUCUCACCUCAAUCGCGGAAAUCGAUGACGAUGAUACCGAUUAUAUGAUGUACAAUGAUACAUUGGAACUGAUAGACGUCAACGCAGUGGAUUACGGGAAUUACCAGUGUAUCGUUACCUUUCAAGUUGGAGAUGAAAUGUACACAGGGACGGGGGAUUUCCAACUUGAAACGAUUCGAGACAGUGAAGAUGACAACGAAGAAAUAUCUUUGGCAGAAACACCAGCAUGCAGCGUGAUGAUUCUCUCUGCCAGUCUGUAUAUGACGAUGAUUGUGUGGUAACAGUCAAAUUACUGAGUUUCACAGGUGUCAUCUUGGACAAAAGACGUUUCUGUGAUUGGUCCAUGUACACAGAUUUUAUAUAUAAAUGAAGCUGCACAGGCAUUGUUUACACAAUAUAUAUUAUACGAUUUUAAUAGCACUUGCAUUGCCACUUCGUCUCACACAACUUUACAUUGGUAACAUUAUUAGUAUUUACUGCAAUAACAAUCACAUGCCAUCGGAAUGGCAGUACU